AUGAAGGAACCAAAUGUAGUUUUCAAAAAAAGGUACUCGGAACUUAAAGUACUUCGCCUACACUUUGAUGUUCUAGAUUCGACGCAAUUAUAUUGCAGGAGGAACAUGAAACAAUUCAUGCAAAAUGGAGAUUUAAGAGACGACAAAAAUAUGAUCGUUGUUAGUUGUAAUGAUCAGACAAACGGAAUUGGAACUAGAGAUACUAAAAAAAAUGAAGAUAGAGUUUGGGUAUCUGAAAGGGGGAAUGUUUUUACUACAUGUGUUAUUUUGUGGAAGAGAGAAGAUUUAGAUAAAGUCAAGUACUUAGCGCAAACUUCUACUGUUGCAGUAAGUAAAACUUUGGAAUAUUUUCAUUUAAUCACUCAAAUUAAAUGGAUUAAUGAUGUAUUGGUAAAUCAAAAAAAAAUAUCCGGUUGUCUAAUCAAUUUAUAUCAUCUGGAUGAUUGUCCAUCCUUGUUAAGAUCUUACGUAUGUAUAAUGAUUGGUACAGGUAUUAAUUUACACUUAAAAGAUGAAGGGAAUAUUCUAAAGAACAAUUAUACAUCAGUUGAAAAAGAACUAGAACGCGACUUUCAAAACCCGGCUUUGGUUCCAUCAGUAGAAGAAGUAACAGAAAAAUUUAUUGAAAAUUUACAUUCGGCACUUGGAAAAUUACGUACAGAUGGAUUUUCUUAUUUCUUAGAUUAUAUAACCCCAAGACUUUUAUAUAAAGAUAAAAAAGUUAUCAUCGAUAUGGAUAAUCAAGUCAUUGAUGGCCAACUCAAAGGACUUCGAAAUGAUGGUUCUAUAAUAUUGUUAAGAGAGGAAAACGAAAUUGUGAAUAUCAACAUUGGUCAUUUGCGUCUAUUCGACGAAUGA